GCAAAGAAUUACAAUGUGAUCGAUCCGAUUGGCUGCGAACAAUUGCUGGGUGUACCUACUCCGGCGCCGAUUGGCUGACUUUACGGUGGGCGGUGCUUGGUGUUGCUACAGCACCCGUCUUUUUUGUCCAUGUCGAGAGCGAAUGAACGCUGGAAAGUCCCUGACAGUCAAGCGAGGGUUUCCGGGGAGAAUGAGGCUUGUCGGGCCUUCCUUCACUUCAUGGAUGCCAAAAGCCUGCUUCGCGUGUUGUUGUUUUUUUUUUUUUUUUUUUUUAGCCUAAAAGCGAGUGUUUCAGCUAGCUAGUCGGAGCGAGUUAGCUCUUUGUGUGGCUAGCGGCUAGCUCGGGGGGGAUGUUGUGUUGUUGAGGCGAAGGCAGACCUCCCGUCGUCUGGGAGAGGAGGAUAGACGUCACCCGUUUGUGUCGGAAAGCCGCCGCUGCUCAUAAAAAAAAAAAAAAAAAAAACAUCACCGAAAGAAGUGGCCUGUGAAAUAUUCGCCGCGUUUACGUAAGAGAAGCGACACAGGAAAAAGUCGGAGGAAAAGAGUUCGGCCGAACAUGGGCAACUGCCUCAAGUCGCCAACUUCGGACGACAUGUCGUUGCUCCACGAAUCUCAGUCGGACCGGGCCAGCUACGGAGACGGCGCCGACCUCGAGCCACCGCCCCCUUACCAGGAGCAGAUCCACAUUCCGGUCUACCACCCGACACCCAGCCAGGCCCGACUAGCCACCCAGCUGACGGAAGAAGAGCAAGUGCGCAUCGCCCAGCGUAUCGGGCUGAUCCAACACCUUCCGAGGGGCGUUUUCGACCCCGGGCGGGACGGAUCAGAGAAGAAGAUCCGAGAGUGCGUCAUCUGCAUGAUGGACUUUGUGUACGGAGACCCCAUCAGGUUCCUGCCCUGCAUGCACAUCUAUCACAUGGACUGUAUUGACGACUGGCUGAUGAGGUCCUUCACCUGCCCAUCCUGCAUGGAGCCGGUGGACGCCGCCUUGCUCUCCUCAUACGAGACCAACUGACACACACUUGCACGUGCCCACACACACAUACACACACACACACACACACGCACACACACUUGUGGACUACGCUUGCCACAGAAAGCAUAGACUGCGCACAUCCAGGAUUAGUAAAAAUGGAAGCAAGCGUUCACGAGUGGGCCUGCUGGUCAGGAUUGCGCCUGGGAGAACGACAGGAUUGGAGUUGCGGACCACAAAGCAGCAGCGGACAGCCGAAAAGAGAACAAAAGGUUACCAAGACAGUCUAAACUACCCACAAAAAGUUCGUGAUGUUGGGUUUACAGGUAAAAUUUCAGGAUGAACCUAAAAUGCACUCUCAUCUUUACACCUUAUUUCACCUUCUCUAAACCUUUGACGUAUCAUGUCCACCCGUUCAUUGUUUGAGUACUUUUUAUACAAUGUAUUCUCAAACUAGGAUACAUUUUUUUGAUUGGAUUUGAAUUUGCAUUUAAAUAGUCCAACAUUUUAUCCACAUUUACACAUGAUGAGACCAAGACUACGCCAAACAAUCGAUCAAGAUUAAGUCGCUGUUACGGCUUCAAACAGGAAGAGUUCAGAGGGAAGUGGCCACUGAGCUGCGAGCGUCAUCGGCGCCUUACAACGUUACACGUUUCAGAGACCUGAAGAGCCGCACAAAGUUCACAGAAGCGGACUCCCUCUGAGAUUUUCGGCGAUCAGAAGCCGGCUGCGAAUUUUGACAUUCAGCUCCCAUGAUGGAGAAAAACGACUCGUGCAAAAAGUAGCAAACGUUUGGACAUGUCGCCUUCAGAAGUUUCCACAAAGUUAAAUAAGGUUCACCUGUAAAUGUUGGGUUCAUCCUGAAAUUUCACAGCUCAAUGUCCGCAACUUUUUGGGAACUGUUUAUCUCUGACGUGGACUUAGCACAAAAGACGGCCCAUCUGCCCACCGUGCUGUUUCUCUUCAAGAGUCUCUAAAAUGGACGCCGGCUGCCAGCUGACGCGCGAUGACAUUACCGCAGACGGUCUCGAUCUUGAUCUCCGGUGAGAAACGUCAACGUGAUCGUGUUUUUGUCAAGGGCUUUGUUUGAUUCCCCCCGCACGGCAAAAGAAAAUGUGAAGUGUCAAUCAAGCAGCACCAUUUCCACACACCCCCCACCCCUCCUCACCGCCGCGCGUUCACGCUGCCUUCCUGGCAAAUUGCCGCCGCGGGGGCAUACCGGUUGAGCCGGCCAAAGUGGGACGUUGCUGUCUUCGUCAAAUUCGCAAUUACAUAGUUGUUACUAGAUUACACCUUCAAAUGAUUCAAUAUUAGCAACAGCGUUUUCAACACAACGGGUUUGUAGCCUUGACACUCCGGUCGCUCCUCCGUUCCGAUCGCAGGUUGAAUUCAGCGCUCCCGCGCGGGUUCCUCACUGUAGGAUUCUCAAACAAUCUGCUUCCGAGGACCUUACUUGAACCGUAACCGUCACCCCAACACAACUGUCACCGCAAUGAUGGAGUUGCUAAAAUUCCGGGGGGGGGGAGACAAAAAAUUCACAAUGCUAAAAUAACAAAGUCGUGUUUUUUUUUUUUUUUUAAGUUGCAAUGUUAAGACAGUAAUCAUAUUUUUUUUAAGAGUUAAGAAAAAAAAAGUUGGAAUCUUUACAAGGAUGAAGAUGACAAUAGAAAAUGUGUUUUGCCGAGAUUACGUCAUAAGAAAGAAGGAAAGAGUGUGUUUUUUUUAAAUGAGGGAAUACAAUUUCAAAAAUAGAACUUCAUUAUCUAAAUGUUACACCUUUUAUUCGGGAAUAGAUCUCAUUGUUCUUUCAAAAAAGAAAAAGCUAAUUCUUUCAAAAGAGAGUGAGGGGAAAAAUAGGUCUUAUAUUGUUGUCAUAAUAUGCCUUUUGUUCUAAAAAGAAAAGAAAUCAUUCAAGGAAGCAAGAUUUAUAUGAUGAUGAGUCACAAUCACCUCAGAACUUUUAAUUGGCCCAAAUUUAAGAUGGGUUAAUUUUUUUUUUUUUAAGCGAUCCAACAUAAAAAAAAACAAAAAAAAAACAUGCUGCAAAUUAUUUAGCACACCCCGAUGGCUCAUCAACCACACACGGGACAGCGAACGCUUUUGCCCUGCGUUGCUUUUCUUUGUGGUGAAUUCCAUUAACACAGAGAAGGGGGGGCAAAGGCCACAUGGAACAGUCCCAGAGCAGCACCGAGGACUCCCUUCUGCCAUAUUGUGUUGGAAACAUUUGUCGCAGCUGAUGCUGACUUUAUUGCACCACUUUUGAUCUGCACAUGGAACCAAUAUCAUGCUUUGAGCGGCCACCCACCCACCCCCCUUGAGUUCCACCGAAAGCGCCAUUUGCACUAUUAUGCUCCUUGUCCUCACUCAUAAGACAUUUCAGCAUACUGGCACUGGUACCGUAAUUCACGGCCUACAGAGCGCAGCUGGUUAUAAGCCUCACCCAGUACAUUUGUAAAGGAAAUACCAUUUGGUACAUAGAUACGCCGCAGCUGUGUAAAAGCCGCAAGUGCCCACAUUGAAACACGAGAUAUUUACGGAACACAGAGAGUUUAACGCUAGCGCAGUGUAACAGGGCCGGUUAAAAAAAAUAAAACAAAAAAAACAUCAAUAAGAAUCCCUAACACGCAGCAGUAACACACAAAUUCAGCGCGAACAGGGCCAGACCAGUAAAAGUCCCUUCCUCGGCACAUAUAUUCCACCGGUUUCACUCUUACCUUUUCCGCUCAAGUGCCCCCCUUGCGGCCGUUAGGAAAAAAUGCGUGUGGGGAAAAUGUCGCGGCUUAUAGGCUGGUAAUUGCGGUAUUUGAAGGUGUGCAAGCGUGGUGAGAUUUUUCUGCUGGAAGCAUUUGACUUGGUUCAAUAUAGACUCGAAAAAUACCGGUAUCCAAUAUGACGAAUGAAUCAAUUGGUAAGUUUUAAAGGAAAUGGAGUCAAAGACCCAACUCUGUAACUAUCAACGUCCAUUAGGGGCACCCUGGUCUCCCACUGCUGCUCGUUGUCCUUCCUCUCCCUGGCUAACGCCGCGCUAACAGGGCCGGUUAAAAAAAAAGUAUACUGGUAAAAAUCACUGAGACACGGCAGUAACACGCUAGCGAAGCGCUAACAGGGCCGGACCGGUAAAAGUCACUUCCUCGGCACAUAUAUGCCACUGGUCUUACGCUUACCUUUUCCGCUCGAGUGCCGCAUUGCGGCUGUUAGAAAAAAUGCGCAAAUUAGCCCCACCACCGCACAGACCGCAGGGUUAAAAUUGUUGCGGUUGCGUCUUAUAGACCGGAAAUUACCGUAACCUUUUUUCCACUAUUGUAUGAGAUUUCACCACACUAGUAGGACAACAAGAAGCAAAACUGGACAAGUUGACAUCCGUGCACCACUAGUGAAAUACCACUAGAUGUGAACUAGUACUCCUACAAGUUCCUAGUGGGGCAAAACUACAAUUGAGCGUUUUGGCGCGAGCAUUAGUGUCCGGGCACCUACUGCUGUGUGCCACAUGCCUACUAGUGAUGCACAGUACUGUUACUAGUGCAGGACGGUAGUUUAAUAGCAAUGUUUCAAGGUCAAGGUGCGUACGAGCACAUGGAUACCGAGGAUAAAAAAUAAAUGCUCAAAAGUGCUUUCAUUAGGGUUCAGUGCUAAAAGGCAUCGAUGGUUACAUCCCGGAUUUACUUUCGGGCUCGCUAAUUUUGCGGGCGCAAUGUUCCUUUGCUUUCUGGACAGCACAUUCCAAUCCCGAUAAAGUACGAGGCCGCGGUGCCGGAAAGUCCUCACCUUGAGGUUUUUGCACGGACUUUAAGUUGUACGUUCAUCUCUGUCGCGUCGGUGUGCCGCAUCGCGGCCUUUGCUUGUUCAAAUGUGUCAAGAAAAGUGCAGCAGAGUGCACAUUGGGUCCAAUUUUCAAGAACGCAAGACUUUGCGAAUUGCAGUGCAGGAUUUGGGUCACUAUUCGGUAUGUACGAGGUUCAGGUCUCAGUCCGGAUCUCGCCAAGGGGUGUUAGGAGUACAAUACUGUGCACGUUAGCGUUGUUGUUUUAAUGGAUUUUUUUCGCAGCAGUCAAUUGGACAUCGGAAACUAGUAAGAAAGAUACGGAAUUAGCUGGAUUACACUAAAAAGACAAAACUGAUUGUUGUGAUUUGGUCAAGGUUUGGUGCGGCCAUGCGAACCAGUACUUGGAAAUGCUGAAAGCCUGAAAAGACUUCAGAACAAUAUGGUGCAAAAUUGUUGCGAUAUGGUUUAAAACUCACUUUUCAACCUUCUAAAUUUUCCGGAUUUUGUGGGCGGGGAUAAAAAGUGUCCUGGUGACUUCUUGAAGAUCUCGAUCCCCCACAAUGUAAACACCAAGCGGCCAUUCCGUGCACUGGCCAUUUGGUGAAAUUGCACGUCCUCGUGCAUAAAUGGCGUCAACCAUUUCUCCUAGUAUAGCUUGGAGCGGGCCACGAAAAUAUGCCAGCAACUCGAACAGAACACAUCUUCCCUGGAGAACGUGUUUUGUGUUUUCUGGGUUACGUGUUUUGCCUUGUGGCACCACGAGUUGGGUUGCGGGGCAGCGGCCGGACGAGAUCUGAAACGGAUGAGAUCCGCCGCCCCGUGGUCCGAAGUCUACUUGUGAUAAAUGCGCAUGCGUUACUACAAGGGGAACCCUCGGUAUAUAGCAGACGCUUACUGGCAAAUCCCCCGGUCUCAUAGUUCACCUUCUUCUACAUAGAGCAAGCUAACAUACGUUAUAUCCUAACCUUAACCUUAAAAGAAAAGUUGAUAAAAAGAUAUGCACAUACACGUACGUUCGCUGUGUUCAUCUUUCCGAGACGUCCGUAGCGAACGUGAACGGUCGGCGACAAGUUGUCAAAUGGCGCAUGUCGAAGCAUGGAUGGGGACGUUUCAGACUGGCAGGAAGUUUACAAAAUAUACACGCAUGCGCAUUAAUCACAAGGGGACUUUUCAGCACCGGGAGCGCUCAGACCGUCACACCGGCUAAGAGGCUGCGUCUCCGCUGCCCGUGAAAACAAACGUGACAAGCGGUGGGAGAAAGGUGGAGGCUCGGUGAGGCGGUUGCCCACAGGAUCUGAAGUCCCAAAGAAUGUCUCCAUUUUUGACCAUUUCCAAAUCUGAUUCCAAUUACCGAGCCGCUUAUCCUCACAAAGCUCACGGCAGUCCUUUAGCCAGUGCGAGCUGUCGAGGGGCAGGAACUGGUCGGAACUGGUCGCCAGCCAAUCGCAGGGCACAUGGAGAUAGAUAACAGUCGCCCUUACAAUCACACAAAUGGGCAAUUUAGUGUCCGAUCAAUGCAUGUUUUUGGGAUGCGGGAGGAAACCCACGCAGGCACGGGGAGAACAUGCAAACUCCACACCGGCGGGGCCGGGAUUUGAACCCCAGUCCUCACAACUGUGAGGCCAACCCUCUAACCAGUUGCUCCACCGUGCUGCCACAUACACAGCAACAUUUUUUUUAAUCCUCUCAUUCAUUAUUCGUCUUGUUCACAAGUCUUUUCUCCAAUGUCAUUUUUUUUUUUUUUUUGCCUUUUUGGUGGUCUUUAAGUGUUGGUUUGUUGCCAUCUAGUGACAUCUUGGUGUUUUCACGAAGUAUGUUGCAGUGAGUUGAUGAGAUUUGUUCGGAUGGACGUGCUUUGCUGGCAUGUCGUGACAUCGACAGGCAGUUCCAAACCAUUAUUGAGAGGUGUCAGUUUUUGCUAUAUUCGCAUCAGGGCUCAGCACCUUUUUCCCGGGUACAUUAAUUCAAUCAAUAUCUUCAUUUGUCAAUAAAAAUAGCAAGCGUGGUCGUGGCUGGCCAAUUCGAUUUUCUGGUUAAACCGUAUGCGGUCGUGAAAGGCUUCCUAAAACAACAAACUGCUUUUUUCUUUUUUUUUUUAUUGUUGUGCAUAGUACUGUAUGAAUAUAUCAUGGCGGAGUGACACUCACUGCAACUUAUAUUCGAUAACUCUCGAAUCAUUUGAAGACAAAGCACGCUUAUUUAUUUCCCCCAAAUGACUUUGGUGGGCACAGUGCCGGAAGAUGACUGACAGUUUAAUUGUCAUGAACCAACGGUGCACGGGCAAACCCAAAUGCAGGACUCCGAGACGAGGACAUGAUGUUCACUGGGUUUUGUCAUAAACGAAAGUUCCGCACGACACUACAGUCCAAGAAGGCAGGAUCCGAAACACAAGAAACAAUGUCCGAUAACUAUGAGUCAAGUAAGGAGCAUAACCAAAAGCGUGAAUGGACUAUGAUGGCCCAGUGGCGGAGUAAUCCUUCUUGUGGGAAGCAAGGUAGAACAGGAUGAUAUAACAGAGCCCACCCGGAUAGGAGAUGGUUGAUCCUCAGGCAGGCGGCGUCCCCUUCGACGUACCCGGCGACGGUUCAUCCCUGCUGGGUCCUGUUCUGGCCAGUUCAUUCUGUUACGGACCAACGGUGCACGUGCGGACCCAGAUGCAGGACUCCAAGACGAGGACAUGAUGUUCAGUGCGUUUUAUUAUAAACGAAAGUUGUGCACGACAACACAGUCCCAAGAAGGCAGGAUCCAGAACACAAGAAACAAAACAAUGUCCGAUAACUAUGAAUAUGCUUUCCCGCAUCCAGGAUUACUCCGCCAGUAUAGCCCAAUCACGCUUUUUGUUAUGCUCUUUAGUUGAAUCAUAGUUACUGGACAUUUUUCUUGUGUUCUGGAUCCUGCCUUCUUGGACUGUGUUGUCAUGCACAAUUUUCAUUUAUAACAAAACCCACUGAACAUCAUGUCCUCGUCUCGGAGUCCUGCAUUUGGUU